UCAUGUAAGUAACUGGUGAAUAACAAUUUUUUAGGUGAACAAUGGAACCUGCGAAGAUGUUACCAUGAAUGCCAUAAGAAUCAGUGACGUGUAUGGAUCAUCCAGCCAUCCUGUAAAUGAUUCAUGGCUAUCACUGUCGCCUUCACUCUCCACAAACCGUAAACUGAAUGUUUCAGAUUCUGUUGUGCCCAUGGCGCCUCUUUCAAAACCAGUCUUCCAGUCCUCUGGACUUCAGCAGCAAGCUAAGCCAUCUAUGAAAGUGAUUUGCGCUCACUGCAAAAAACCAUUACAGAAAGGUCAAACAGCAUACCAGAGGAAAGGUUCAUCUUACCUCUUCUGCUCCACUACUUGCUUAUCAUCAUUUUCUCAUAAACCAGCUCCAAAGAAACUGUGUACUACAUGCAAAAAAGAGAUAACUAAUAUGAAGGGAACAAUUGUUGCACAAGUGGAUUCCAGUGAAACCUUCCAGGAAUUUUGCAGUACGUCCUGCCUAUCAUUUUAUGAAGAAAAACAGAAAACUCCAGCACAUACAAGUCACGUUACCCAAGGAAAUUAUGGGAAAUGUACCAUUUGUGGCAAAAUGACUGAGAUUCGACAUGAAGUAAGCUUUAAGAAUUUCGUCCACAAACUUUGCAGUGAUGUUUGUUUCAACAAAUAUAGACAAGCCAAUGGACUUGUAAUGAACUGCUGUGACCAGUGUGGGAUAUACUGUUAUAAUAAAGGAUCUGGAAACCACUUCCUUUUCCAUGAUGGCCAUCAUAAAAGAUUCUGUAGCUCCAGGUGCCUAAAUGAUUUUAAACAGAGAAGCAGUAAAAUAAUUCCCUGCACAGCAUGCAGAACUCCAUGUAGAAUUUGUGGUGUUAUUCUGCUGGUCACACUGCAAUCUUACAGUGUACAAACAACGACAAAUGGUCAGGUUGUUACAAGUGAAGUGCAACUGAAGUGUACCUACUGCAAAAUUGGAUUCAGUGCUAAGCCAGAGCUAUUGGAAUGGGAGAAUCAUGUAUUUCAGUUCUGCAGUAAACUGUGCUGUGAGGAUUACAAGAAACUCCACUGCAUAGUGUCUUACUGUGAAUAUUGCCAGGAAGAGAAAACUGUACAUGAAACUGUGAAGUUCUCAGGAGUAAAGAAAGCAUUCUGUAGUGAAGGCUGUAAGCUUCUGUAUAAGCAGGACUUCGCAAAGCGUUUGGGUCUGCGCUGUGUUACCUGCAGUUACUGUUCCCAGAUGUGUAAGCGGGCAGCAGCUAAAGAAAUUGAUGGAAAAGCAAGAGAUUUUUGUAGUGAUGAUUGUUGUAAAAAAUUUAUAGACUGGUAUUUUAAGGCUGCAAGAUGUGACUGCUGUAAAGCUCAGAGAGAGUUGACUGAAUCAGUUCAGUGGCGGGGAGAAAUGAAGCAUUUUUGUAAUCAGCAAUGUCUCCUGCAGUUCUAUUGUCAGCAAAAUGAACCCAACAUGUCUACACAAAAAGGUCCUGAAAAUCUGAAUAUGGUGCAAGAGGUGCAGCAGGGUAUGAAGCAGCUUCAGAGUGGAAAGGUGCCUGGUCGUGACGGUCUUCCCAGUGAAUUUUAUAAAGAAUUUCUAAGCAUAUUGUCAGAACAGAUGCUCAGCAUGUUCAAUGAUUCAUAUAGUCGUGACCGUCUCCCGCCAUCCUUAAGAGGAACUAAGGCCUUGGAAGCUGCAAAGGAGUCCUCAUCCAGUCGGAUCCAGGAGCUGGAGCGAGAGGUGCAGGCCUUGCAAGAUCAUAUCGACGACCUCGAAAAUAGAGAUCGGAGGAUAAAUCUCCGAAUUGUCGGGCUCCCUGAAGUUUCAGAUCAAAAUGUUCAGACCCAGGUUUUUAAAGUCACGGCUUGUAACCAGACAUCGACACCUUCACCAAUACCUGUAAAAGAGCUGAAAAAUAAAGCAUUGUUGUGCAAACCUUUAACACAGACAAAAGCUACUUACUGUAAGCCUCACAUGCAGUCAAAAUCCUGUCAAACAGAGGAGGAUUGGAAGCCUCAGUUAAUUCCUGUGCCUAUCCCUGUGCCAGUCUAUAUUCCAAUUCCAAUGCACAUGUAUUGCAAUAACUAUCCAGUACCUGUCUCAAUGCCUAUUCCGGUACCUGUUCCAGUGUUUCUGCCUACUACCCUAGGAAAUGCUGAGAAAAUAGUUGAAACAAUUGAGGAUCUCAAGAGGAAGGUUCCUUCAAAUCCAGUUGAAGCUGACAUACUUGCUAUGGCGGAAAUGAUAGCUGAAGCAGAGAGGAAUCCUGUAUCAAUGGAAUUCUGUGGUAUUGACAACGAUGAGAAUGGUGAAAGUUUCUUGGAUGUUUUUGGGACCAUUAAAGAUGAUUUGGAAGAACAGUCCAAUGUGCCUGGUAAUCAGUAUGAACUUGCGCUGGACUUGGAGCUUGAUUUUCCCAGAACUGCUGAAGAGUUGGAUACCGAGAGUGAAUAUCUGUUACCACCAGUAUUUGGAGAAGAAUAUGAGGAACAGACUAGACCUCAGUGUAGAAGAAAGGGUGCAAAGAAAAAAGCAUUUUCUGAUGGUCAUUCACAAGAUGAUAGCAUUGUCACUCCUGAGAUUGGUUUUACCUUAAGUUACAUUUAUGGUAUAACUGCGUGGAAACAUUGGAUUGCAACAAAGAAAGCAAAGAGUGAGAAUACUGUUGAGAUGGAUGGAUUUAACUCUGCUUUGUUGGAAAAAUCUGCACACAUUAAAGGGGAACUGUUGUCAUAUACUGCAGCAGAGCUUGACUGUGGAUUGGCUACAUUUAUAAAGGAAGUUCGAAGACCAAAUGGUGAACAUUAUGCACCUGAUAGCCUCUAUUAUCUAUGCCUAGGAAUUCAACAGUAUCUAUUUGAAAAUAAUAGAAAUGAUGACAUAUUUAGUGACUCCUGCUAUCACACAUUUAAUGAAGAAUUUAACACGAUCUUGAGGAGUUGGCGACCAAGUAUUUUACCAAAUGGGUCAAUAUUUUCACGUGUUGAAGAGGAUUAUCUAUGGAAAUGCAAACAGCUGGGGCCACAGUCACCAUUUGUCCUUCUUAAUACUUUGCUAUAUUUUAACACUAAAUACUUUGGGUUAAGGACCAUUGAACAGCAUAUGAGACUUUCCUUUGCAAAUAUUGUCAAACAAUGGAAUAGAAACUCUGACAAUUCUGUAUGCAUUCGAUACAAGGUACCAGCUUUGUGUACAAAUGACAAUCAAGACAAAAUUACACCAGGAAAAAGAAAACGUGAGGAAGAUGAUCCUGUGUUCGAACAAAAGGAAAACUUGGCAAAUCCAUCGCGAUGUCCUGUAAAAAUGUUUGAGUGCUACCUCUCAAAGUGCCCUCCAAACCUACAACAGAGAACAGACUUCUUUUAUCUGCAGCCAGAACACUCCAGUUCACCUGAUGAUCCGAUUUGGUACUCAAGUGUCCCUUUGGACCGCAACAUCUUGGAAAAUAUGCUUGUACGGAUUCUUGUGAUCAAAGACAUAUAUGAAGAAAAUGAAAGGGAUAGUUCUGAAGUAGAUGAAGAUGAUAUUGCUUGAAAUUUCCCAAUUGUGCAAAGAAUCAUGACACUGUAAUGUCAGGCUACUAGAGUUUAAUACAGGAAAACAAUGGUGUGCAUUUCCUGGAAUGACCCUCUAUUACUGAGCUUGUAGCAAUGUACCCAGAUUGGGUAUUAUGUAAAUAACCCUAAAUGAGAGGAGAAUAGCAGAUGUUAGCAAUCUCCCUAGUGACUUUUAGGAAAUGUAUACUUCAAAACAAUUACUUUCACUUAAGUUUUUUAAAAAGAUUAUUUAUUGAAUUGAUUUGUUGUCAGGAAGCAUUUCCAUUUGUAACUUUUUACAUUACAAACUAAGGAUCUCAAAUGUGUCAUGUGUAUUUUUUUCUGAUUUGAGGAACUUGCAUUAAAACAAACUACAGUGUUUUAAAAUUUCCCUACAGAAGGGAUGAUUUUAAUGGGUGCUAUCUCCCUCAUAAGGGUGUGCAUCUAUGUAAUAAAUAUAGUCUUAGAACUAUAAAUCAGUUUAGAGCUAGCCUCCUGAUGGUUGUCCUUCCACAAAUGUACCAGUUGGUGGAGUUUUCACCACAGAUUCUGUAAGCAUUAAUUAUUUGUUAUGCUCAUGGAUGGUGCGGUCUAUUUUAAUUCUCUGUAAAAUAUCUGGUUUUAUGGAAAGAAGACCUGAAAUAAAGAAUUAAGCAGA